CAGUUUAAUUAUCUUUUACUUAAGAAAUAUUCGGUUACAACAUGUACGUAAUGUCAUAACAUUUCAGUUCUUCCGAGUGAUGAGAGCUCAUUAUCAAAUCAUGGCCGAAGCUGAGAGGUUUAAUUCAAUUAUUUCCGAGUCACGGGCAAGCCUCAAUUAUAUCGGUUUGAAUGUAUCCAAAGGAAUGGAUCAAAUGAAGGAGGACAUUGCCAGAGAAUUGUUCAUUACCGAUAACUUAACGAGGCUUAGUUCGAAAGUAGGUCUGUUGGUGCAACGUUAUUCUGAAUUGGAGGAAGGAUUGAUCGAGCUUGUAAGAAUGAACCAUAAUACAAAGAGCGUGCUGAUUGAGACACCAGCUAAUAUCAACGAGGAAGUCAAAUGCAUCCUCGCGGCAGCAAGGAAAAGGCAACCACAGUCGCAGCAGCAGUCAGACCGUCCGCAAACGCCGAGGAAGUUGCGAAUAUCGACAAACGCUGUCACAGGAGUGAAAGAUUCUCAACCGUAUAAUUCCAUCGUAAAUUCGCGAUUCCUUACAUCACAGUCGUAUGAUACCGAUCUGUCAAAUGUAACGACGCUUGAGAGACAAGAGAGACCACGUACACCGGCAUAUCCAGAAGUCCAGCUCUUGAACGAUCCGAAACCGGCAACUGAUACAAAACCUAUUGGCUUUCGACCAUCCUGGAAGUGCGAAGCUUAAGAUGGCUAUCGGACAAAUUUGUUUUUUUCAUCUCUUUCGGUCUCUUUUUUUUAUGAUUGUCUCUGCUUGUAAAAAUGUAGGAAAAAUUGUGACUGCGAAAUAAGACAAACGUUUUCCGUAUCAUUAUACAACAAAGAUAUUAUAAGCAAAAAAUAUUGCAAUAAAAAAUAUUUCCUUUAAGUAUUUCCAAAUCUGUACUCACUCUAGGAGUAUGAAGUGAAAGGAUAAUAAUUGAAGACAAUAUAAAAGGGCUACAAAUGUAAUAUCCUUAGAAAAUAAUUGUUCACUAAAACAGGUUAAGUAAUACUCAAAAAUACAGGUAUAUUAUUCAUAAAGAUAAAUUAUAUUAAAGGAAAGAUUUCAUCUUUACAAAUAUUUUCACUUAAAGAAAUUAUAUUAUUUAACAUUUUCAUACUUAUGCGACAUUUGUAACCUUUUUAUGUUAUCCCUCCGAUUAGCCAGCAAUUUAUUAUUGUUCUUUUUAUUUAGAUAGUACACUUUUACAGAAUAAUAGCACACGAGUAGAGAGCACAAACCACUUGUUACAUUUUAUUCGAUCUUCGAUCGGAUAAAUUUCGUUAAAACGACAAAAAUUUUUAAUCAACUCUAAAUUACAAAGAGAAAAAAAUUUUCUUUGUCAUGCUUUGGAUGUUGGAUGAAGAUGUUGGAAUAUUUUUUGUUAUUUUUCAAUAAAAGCUCUUUCAAGUGGGUUAAAGAAGAUCGACACACCAUAAUGUUUGUAUCUGCCACUUUCUUUCUAAGAUUUAAUCGCAUUGAGUAUUUCAUUUUGUAUUUACUAUAUAAUUCUGAGAUUCGCACACUGAGCUGAGUUAAUAUAUACAAUUAAUUACACAUUAACAGUAUAUACACGCCGUUCAUAUUUAGAUGUAAGUUAGUCAUUUUUAUGAUACAGCGUGUUUCAAAAAGUUGUUGAAGAUAUAGCGAGAGCAAGAGCUUUUUGAAAUAAAUGUUAAUUUGCUUUUAUGCAGAAAAUCUUUCGUUUAAUUAAAUAAAAUAAUUUCCUUGUAUUCUUUAAUUUUACUUCAUUUCUAGAGGAUGAAUUGACGAAUAUUUUAUCAGCUACAGAUUCUAUUUUUAUUGUACAAAACUUUUAAAUAGGCCUUCAUUGGUUGCAAACGUUUAACUUUUGCUAUUAAACACUUUGAAAUUAUGUUACAGCUAAAAAUAAUUUCUGUAAAAAAUCUACUUUAAAUUUAAUUUAGACACGCAAUAGUUUACCUAUUUUCAUCUCUAGAAUUUAAUUCGUCAACGUUUUAUAAGUUUUCAAUACUUUGCAUAAUUAGCAAUAUCUCGCAAGUAAGAAGAUUAUAUAUUUUCUUAGUUCAUCCUCUAGAAUUCGGGGUUGAAAGUACAUCUAGUGGUUUUCUGCACAUUGAGAGAAGAAAAGAUUAUAUCAAGCAAUGUUGUCGGUGAAAAUGCCCUGCGAUUUUGCUUGAAAAGUAAUCUUAUGAUUGCAUUUCGCCAUAUAAUAAAUUUCAAUGUAAUAAUUCCGGUUUUAAAUUUGUAGCCAUUAGAGGACAGCACGGCAAAGGGAUGAUUUCAAUUUGUGUCGAGUAUUUUCCGAAAUUUCACCUAGAUUAAACGAGUAUUUUUUUUAACAGAGAGAACGUAUAGAAUUCUCGUUCCACGAUGUCUCUAGCCGCGCUUCUCUUUGCCCUUCGCCCUUUCUCUGCCCUCAUCUCGCUAUCCUCUCCUCCCGUCCUGCGCC